CGGCGCCAUUUUGUAUUUGGAGCCGAGAGGUACGGAACUGGAAUGCAAAACCUUUGAGCAAAAGCCCCGGUGAGGAAUGGAUGCCCCAUACGAUGGAGCAGAGAUAACAUUAGUAACAGAAGAAAUUGAAGGCUGCUACAGCUACACAAAAAGCUUCCAGCCCAAAAAGAAAAAGAAAUGGAAAGAUCAAAGUGAUGAUGGAAGUAAAAAAGGCAAGAAGCCCAGGCCAGCUUAUUUGCUGUACUAUUAUGAUACUCAUUUAAAAGUGCAGCAAGACUUUCCUAAUUUGCCACGGUCUGAGAUAAACAAGAAAAUCAGUGAAAGCUGGAGGCGUCUCAGUGUUGCUGAGAAGAGUAUUUACCUUGAAAAGGCAAAGCUGGAAAAAGAAGGAAUAGAUCCGAACGAUAAGCUGAUAAGUGCAUCAACUGGUGUCCCUCCUGCCGAUAUUCCAGGAUUCCGCAAAAUACUUCCUCGUUCCAACUAUAUUAUAAUUCCUACCUCUAAUUUAUCUGGUGAUGGAAAUGGUCAACAACUACUGCAAUCUCCCACACCAAGGGGAGAUGAAGGAAAUUCCACCUGGCAGACUAUUACCCAUGACUCUAUACAGAGUCUAUUUACAGUUACAGACUCUUGCCAUGUUGAGAAUACUGAGGAGAGCAUUGCAAUUGAUGGAAUUACCGAUGAAACCACUGCGUUCAUUCACACAGAAACAAUGCAGGAGAUUGUUGCAUCGGAGAUGCUAUCACAGUUUUCUAACUCCGGAGAUGAUAAAGUGACAGGAGAACUUACCACCAAUAAGACUUCUUUGGAAUUAACUCAUCCCUACGAUUCACCUUGUGUUGUCAUCGAAGGAACACUGAUAAGUACAAGUGACAGUGUUUCAGAAAAUGCAACCAGCUGUAGUAACCAGCAGACAGCGGAGACUAAUCCUGUCAUAGCAGUAUUAUCAAAUCAAAGCAAGUCAGCUGCAAGCCUUAAUGCUGCCGAACAAACUAUUGGCAUUAAUAGCAAACAGGAUUCAACAGAAAAUGUUGCACCAUCAACAACGCAGUUCUUAAUGUUGCCAUUGACAAGUAAGCAGUCAGCAGCUGUUCCAGCUAAAAAGUCUAUCUUCACCCAGAAGACAACGUAUACACGAAGGGGCCGUGGCAGUUGUCCAAAUCCUACUUGUUUAUUUACCUAUGUCACAAGGCACAAACCUCUACAGUGCCCAAAUUGUGGAAAGUGGCUCGGAGGGAAAUGGAUCCCAAAGGGUAAACAACCGCAGGUGUUAAAUGUGCACGUGGAAUGUAAUCAAGAGAAGCAGAGCAAGGAUUCCACUGAAAGAGAGCGGGUUGUUAGAAAAUUAGAUAACUCUGAUUUCGCAAAAAACAAACCAAGAAACAGUAGAUGUAUGCACAAGGACACAGCCCAGUCCAGUUUGGAAAGUUCACAGGCAGUAAGUCAACUUCUAAAUGUAGCUUCAGAAGAUCACAGAGAAGAGGAGCAACAACCAAUGCAAGCUAGUUGGCAGCAGACUGUACACGUUGAGCCAAGGGAUUCGGGUGCACCAGUGCCCACUUUGCAGAAUGAAGAAGUGCCCCUUCCAAUACAGCUUUGUAAUACAACGUUAACUGCUGUGGACCAUAUAGUGGAAGCGCACCCUGAAGAUGCUGUAAAGGAGAUGGAGGCUCCAAACCACCAAGCAUCAAAUGAAAGUAACACUGCCAUCAAUAAUUCCCAUGGAGUUAAGAUCGCAAGACCAGGAUCAAGUAUUUCUAGACAAGGUUUACAAGUACGGCGAAGAACUAAAGCUAGAGGGCGAACAAAAUCCACCUUGUUGACUGGUGCUGCACGGUCACGACCACCACGUGUUAUCCUGCCAGCAGCUCCAUCCACUGCAGCUGCACAAUCAGGGGUCACCUACAUUCGAGUGGUCACGGUGCCUGUCAGUCAACCAGAGACAACGGAAUCCUCAGCAUCUUCUGCAAGUAAUGGAAUUACAGUCAGAAGUUCCUCUUCAAAGAGCUUGAUGAGUUCUGCGCCCCCAUCAGGCCUGAAACCCAGCACCUUAAAGCAACUGGGGCAUUCUGUAUUGCAUCCGAACUAUGCGGAUGGAGAAGAGCAGGCAAAAUUAAAAGUUUCUGCAGAGAGUGGAUCACCUCAAGCCAGUGCAGUUUCUGUCCGAACUGUGUGUCUGAAUCUUCCAAAAACCAGCAAAGCGAGUGCCUUUGACCUGGGUUUGGCAACCUGCAGAGGUAAAGGACGAUGUAAAAAUCCCAGAUGUACAUAUGUAUACAUGAAUAGGUACAAACCAGGAAUUUGUCCAAAGUGUGGCUAUGACUUCACAAGAGACAAACAGGAUAUAAAGCCAUCAAAACCUGUUAUAAAUAAUACCCUUUCCUUGGGUCUGCUGAAUCCAGAGGAAGGGCUAACUCAGGCCUCAAAGGACCUACAGCGUCAGACUACAUUACUUCUGCUCAGGAGAACAGUUCAAAUACCAGAGAACGAGGCUGAACUUCAUGAAAUUUUCAGUUUAAUUCGGGAACUCAACAGUUCACGUUUGGUCUUGUCUGCGGUGAAUGAAACCAUAACACUUGAACAAAAUUCAUGGCCUAAUUACUUUGAAUCUUCAGCCACCAUCUGUGGCCUGUGUGAUAGCCAGUUGUUCAAGGGUGGAUACAAUUCAGUAGCUGGCCCUGAGGAAUGCUGGCUGCUAACAGAAAGCCAGUUCCAAGUGGUUAUUGUGCAAACAAAAAUCUGCAUGAAUCCCCACUGUCUUGCACUUCAUAACUUCACUGACAUCAGCUCAGGUUUAUUUAACAUUGGAAACAAGCUUUUGGUCAGUUUGGACUUGCUGUUCAAAAUAAGAAAUCGUAUUAAGCUUGGAGAAGAUCCUAGAAAUGUGACCGCUCCCAUAUUGGACUCUGUUCAAAAAAUCACAGAGAAAACCUUGUCUGAGGAGCAGCUGAAUCAGCUUCAAGAGCUUCUGUGGAAUGGGUAUUGGGCAUUUGAGUCUCUCACCAUUCGUGACUACAAUGACAUGAUAUGUGGGAUCUGUGGAAUAGCACCAAAGCUAGAAGUAGCGCAGAGAAACUCUGCAAAUGUUCUCGCACUAAAAAAUGUUGAGUUUACCUGGCCUGAUUUCCUUACCUCAGAUGAAGUGAAUGUGGAGGAUUUUUGGUCUACAAUGGAGAAUGAAGCCAUCGAACAAGCAGUGUUUCCAUCUAGUAUUCCAAUCACAAAAUUUGAUGCUUCCAUAAUUGCUCCAUUCAUUCCACCACUUCUGAGAGGGCCUGUGGUGGUUAAUAGUGAGAAAGAUAAAAACCCUCAGCCACAGCCAGUUGUUGGAAAUCCAAGAGCAUUGGUAAGACUGUUGCAUGAUGAAGUUUUCAAACCCGAGGAGCUCAACUCCUACAGUGAAGCAGAACUAAGAAACUUGCUAAUGUCAUGUGACAUCCCAGUUCAUCCAGGUGACUCCAAGGAGCAACUGUGUUCUUCUUUGUUUGCUCUAUAUGCCUAUGUAUUGGAUGGAUCAACUUCAAAGGAUCAACCUCCAUGUGAUGUGACAGGAGGAAAAGUCUAUAAAUUGUGCCUACAUCAGGUGGUUUGUGGAUCAAAAUACCUUGUGAGAAGAGAAUCUGCACGUGAUCACGUUGAUCUGCUGGUAUCCUCGCGCUACUGGCCCCCUGUGUAUGUGGUGGACAUGGCUCCACAAGUUGCAUUAAAUGCAGAUGUGCGGUAUCCAGAAAUUACAGGGCAAAUGUGGGAACACAAGCAAGGCUGUUUCUCGGAUCCAUUGGAGCCACCAAAGCAUGUUUCCUGUCCAGAGCUACUCGAUCAACAUUACACUAUGGACAUGACUCUGUCAGAAAGCAGCAUUCAGCAUCCUAUAACCAAGUCCAGUGUCCAUAGAAUUGUAUACAAUGAUGCAGAUCAGAACACAGAGAGGGAUGCGAUGACAAGACAUCACUCUAUCAGCCUUUGUAAUGAGCUUGAGCCAUAUAGUGACAUCCUCAAAACUAUUCCAAGCAGUAAAGUGGAUAAUGUUCGACAAAAAUCAAUUACUUUUGAAAAUGCUACUUACUACUAUUUAUACAAUCGCUUGAUUGACUUUCUCACUAGCAGAGACAUUGUAAACCAACAAAUUAAUGAAGUCUUGCAGAGUUGUCAGCCUGGAGAGGUGGUGAUUCGAGAUAGUUUGUACAGACUGGGGAUAGCACACCUUAAUACAGAGAGCGAGACUGAAGAGCUGGUUUAACAACUGAUUAUUGAAAAUAGUUAAGGAAAAUGAUUUGUCAAGUAAUGUAUUUAUUCAGUACUCUAUUUAAUUAAAAUAUUAUGUGUUUGUGAUUUCUUAUCCUCUUUUUGAAAGCUUUUGGCUCAUGGCAAAGAAUACCUUUGAUCUAGGCUCUUCCUCAGGUAAAACUACCAUAAAAGAAUCUUGUCAUUUAAAUUUAGCACUUUGAUCCCAUCAGGUAAGUAUUACUACCAGUGAAUGGAACUGCUGUCUUUUCAGGUUCUGAAAGCAAGCAUCAAAGCUCUGAGGUAAUGCAACAGAACUAGAGAAACAAAGGACUGCAGCUGCUGGAAUCUUGAUGAAAAAUAUGAUACUGGAGGAACUCAGCAGGCCAGGCAGCAUCCUUGGAGAAAAGCAGGUGGUCAAUGUUUCGGGUCAGGACCCUUCAGGACUGAAGAUGGGAAAAGGGGAAGCCCAAUAUGUAGGAAGGAAAAGCAGAGCAGUGAUAGGUGGACAAAAGAGGGGAGGCAGGGGGCCACAAGGUGGU